AUGGCGCUCGACGCCGCACUCUUCACCCUCCACUUUGUACGAAGGAGGACUGAACCAUGGAUUGUCGACAUCUACCCUUCGCCUACUGCCCAGGGUAGCAGUCCAGCACCGCCAAUACCCUCGAAAGGCACGAAUGGGGCGUCUAGCAGCAGCUCGAAACCAACGGCUUUCACCGGCACUAUCCCGGAUGUAACUGCACAACGUGCUCUCGCCCUUGAAUCGAACGACUUUUCUAAGCAAACACCUAGCUACACACGGGUGCGAGCCGUAAAUCAUACACAGUACAGCACUAUCCUACUAGAUGGUCUCAUGAACGACUGCCUGCUUGCUUCUAUCUCUCAGCCGCACAGCAAUACUAAGAAGAAGGAUAUCCAACUCUACAACCCCGAUGCAGAAGUCGAACUUGAAAAGCGCACCAAGACGUUCCAGCAAGCUUGGCUCUUCCACUUUGGCGACCCGUCAUCUCAAUACACCGAAGAGUUCUCUUGGAAACGUGAAGGUGGACCGUCUAGAGGCUCGCCAACACAGUCCGCCUAUGUUUGCGAAGUCAUCCGCAAGCCCGACCCGAGCGUGUUAGCAGCACAAUACCGACCUCCAGUAGCCAAGGGUAAGCCCGGCACCCUACAGCUGAUGGACUACAACCUCGAUCGUUUAGACGUGCAAGACAAGAAAGGCCUCGAAGUCGCACUUGUGAUGACCCUCAGUGCGCUGCUUGAUCAGGAGUAUGAUGAGAGGCUGGCAACAAAAGGGGAACGUAAUAUCUACAUCUGCACAACGGGCAUUCCGACCGAUUUGAGCAGGCAAGGAUUCAGCUCAGCGUGGCAAGAAGCGGAGCAGCGACAUCAAGCAAACACAGCUGUACUACAGCAAUCAAGUCGAAAUCGCGAAGCUCCAGGUCUACCACGCAACCCUAGCGAUUCAUCGGACGUUGCCAACGUGGAUCGCAUUGCCAGUCUCGAGCCUAACGAGAUGCUCGUCUCCAAAUGGGGCUCUAUCGACGAGUAUGUCCAGCACGCUAUUCGGCUGCUCAGGUCUGAUGGUCAGGGUCAAUCGAUGUACCUCAUAGCCUUGCUGUCCGACGCAGCAGAGACCACACCAAAGCUCGUCCAAGUCGCUGCUGCCAUUAAGGCUGCUUACUAUCGACUGCCUGACGACGCCAAAGGUACAGUGUAUGGCCUAUCCACUGACGCAAGCGCAAUCGAAGACGAGCUCUAUCAGUAUGUUCAGACUCUCGACGAGGAGCCCAAGCAGCAUUCUGCGCCGGAAUCACCUUCUGCUGACCCGCAAUCGAGAAGACGCAUCAUCAGGCUCGAUCCUCCGUCCCCGCCCGCGGGCUCGGGCACACAGGCAGGAGGCUCUAGCUCUCGACCUUCUUCUGCAGCGCCUUACCAGCCACCAAGCAAGCUCAAAGUCAUCCUGUCGAAAGAGCGCAUUGGUGAGCUCGAACCAAAGAAGGUCGAUGAUUCGCAUCCUUCAGCUGCAUCCAAAGCAAAACCCAUCCCGCCCGCGAGCAACGGUCAAGGCAGACUGGAUGUACCCGCUUUGCCGAGUCGUCCUGUAUCACCAGCACGACCGCAGCCACAGCAGGCGCAACCACAGGAAGAUGAAAGCCAAUCCUCGCCUCAACCAGAGAAAAAAGGCAAAGGAAAAGCGCUUCUCUCAAAGCUCGGUCUGCAUCAUUAG